AAACGUGUUGUUGCUUUUACGUUUUCGCUACGUAUGGCCGCAACCUGAACGCGUAGUGAUUAAUUGUAUGUGUAAUCGAACAAAAAGCGAAACAGUGUAGCUGCUGUUUGUAGUGAAAAGUAGUGCUAAAACCAACUUCCCCGACCCCAAUGGAAACGCAACAACCAAUGUAAAGCAAAAGCAGCCACCGUGCACCAGUCCGAACGAGCUACAGUCGUGCUGAAACACAACCGAGCCUUCGCUGGCUGGAGUGCACCCGAAUCGUUGUUGCGUACAUCAGCGCCCCCGGGGGUGUGUGUGAUGCCUUCUUCUGCCCCUAGUGUAGUGUAGCGAAGAGCCAGAAAAGGAAACAACGCACAAACGCGCAUUCUGCUGUGGCUGUAAGGAACAAAGCGCACCAUACGCGAGCGAAGAAGGAUUUGUUUUUCUUAUUAAAAUCUGGCUGCAGCUCUGCUGGGAUGCCCAGCUUUCCUGACGGCAUUACGCAGUAAAGGUGGUGAUGGUGGUGGUCGAGAAAGGCAGCAGCAGCAUUAGUCAUACAGAAAAAUGUCCCGAAAUCAAUAGAUAAGGCUGUGAAUGUGGUUUACAAACCGUGUGUUGUGGCCCCGCAAGCGUACUAUCAGCGUUCCGUUUCCUGUCAACAACAGUGGGUUUGCGUGCGAACGAACAAAAAAAAAAAUCCCAGUAGCAUAGUGUUUUUUGAAUGCAAUCUCAUCAAAAGAACGCACUGCGCGCUUCACAACAUUAGCACGCACGCACACGCAAACACCCACUAUCGCUGGUAAAGAAGACGCUGGUGCGGACAGACGUUUGGGCCUGGUCAACAACAAACUUAGGAAGCAACCGGUAGAAUACUUACGCCAGGCAGCUCGAAUUCUCGCCGUGUCCUUUUUUUCCCCUCCCCGUUCCCGAUCCCGUGGAUGGGGUAGCACAGGCUGUGAUACGAAUCGCGACACGUAGACAACGCAUGCUGCGCGCGUAGGAACGAAAGAGAGUAGAGUAGUUGGGCUAAAUCGAUAGCAACGAGCACAAGUGCAAGUGGCAGACCGUUUCAAGACAACGGCGACGCGAGAGGAAUCGCCUGCUGCGAUAGUGUCUGUUUCUCAAGGGUUAGAAAGAGCGAGAGAUAGAUAGUAAAAGAGAGAGGGAGAGAACGUGCAACGAAACAGGAUUCCACAAGGAUAUUUCGACGACGGACGGAAUCUGUGUGUUGCAGUCUCGUGUGGAUGCAAUCAAACACCCGCCUGCACACCUGCUGGACAAUAGAGUAGCGUGAACACAACAAUAAGAAUGAAUGGGCUAAGCUUUGGAGAACUGUGCUGCCUGUUUUGUUGCCCCCCGUUACCGGGCCGAAUAGCUGCCAAACUUGCCUUCCUACCGCCCGAACCGACCUACAACCUGACCCCGAUCGAUGAGUCCAAAGCCAAGUACUUGCUCAGCUUCAACGAGCGUGCCGAGUGGCCGUACUCGGAGCGCGAAAAGGAAAACGUGGAAGGCUUCUUCACGCGCACCUCCCGCGGCAACAAACUGUCCUGCAUCUACGUCAAGUGUACACCGACCGCCAAGUACACGCUACUGUUUUCCCACGGCAAUGCGGUCGAUCUUGGGCAGAUGAGUAGCUUCUACCUGGGGCUGGGAUUGCGCAUCAACUGUAACAUCUUCAGCUACGACUAUUCCGGGUACGGUAUGAGCGGCGGCAAGCCGUCGGAGAAGAACCUGUACGCGGACAUUGAUGCGGCGUGGCAUUCGCUGCGCACCCGGUUCGGUGUAAGCCCGGAAAAUAUUAUACUGUACGGUCAGAGCAUCGGCACGGUGCCGACGGUGGAUCUGGCCGCGCGGUACGAAGUUGGGGCUGUGAUUCUGCACUCUCCCCUGAUGUCGGGGAUGAGGGUGGCCUUUCCAAACACGAAGCGCACCUGGUUUUUCGAUGUGUUUCCCAGUAUCGAUAAGGUGUCGAAGAUAUCAUCACCGGUGCUGGUGAUACACGGCACGGAGGAUGAGGUUAUAGAUUUUUCCCACGGUUUAAGCAUUUACGAAAAGUGCCCGAAAGCCGUAGAGCCGCUGUGGGUUGAGGGAGCUGGACACAAUGACGUGGAGCUGUACAAUCAGUAUCUGGAUCGACUCAAGAAGUUUAUCGCGGUAGAGCUGGGCAACUGACAAUUAAAGAAUGCCUCCUCCGGUCAGCUUUCCUCUACUUCGUCGGCCGGAGCGGCAGUACCCCCGAAAAGCCCGCAACGUCCAGCGCAAAAAUCGACGGGCAAGCGUACCACAGCGGACGAACCAUCGGCCACCAACACAUCCAGCACGAGCGGCACCACGGCAGCAGCAGCAGCAGCAGCAGCAGGAGCAUCAACGGCGGCCGCCGCCGGAACCUCGUCGCGCAGUGGUAGCGAAAAACUUUUAUAGCACUCGUUGCCGGGGUCAAGCAGCGGCAGCAGUUCUUACAAUUGUAGCUGCGGCAAGACGGCAAACCGAGCGGACAAAUCGAAACACGCAUCGCACACCCAUUCCUCCGCCCACCAUCAACACCAGCACCACCAUCAUCA